AUGUCGGAGGAUGGCAGUGGCUUCAGCGUCAGCCCCUCUGUCAAACUUAUGCUAUUGCAAGGACAAAUCCAAAGCUCGCAGAGCACGCAGAGCUCGCAGAGCUCGCAGAACUCGCAGAGCUCGGUGUCGCCAGCGCCUCCGGCUUCGACAGCUUCGACAGCGGCACCUGGAGUCCCCGCGAGCGCGUCGGAACUGGCGGCGGUUUUGUCAUCUUUGAGAUCUGAUGGUGAAGACUGCCGGGCGCUGCUCAGACGAGCAGCUGCAAGCCGCCAGUUAGGAGAAGGUGUCGAAGAAGAGUUGCGCUUAGCUGAAGACGCUCUGGACUUGUUCCGGGCCGAGGGUGGCCCACCUUGGCCCUCCCGUGCGACCUCUUCGACCUCGCCGAACUGGGAGGCCGCGGCGCUCUGCGCCGUCGCGGAAGCGCACCUUGGCAUCCAGGACGCUCCCAAGGCCUUGGAGGCCGCCGAGGAAGCCAGGGCACUGUGCCGUGCCCAGCGCUCGCGGACCGGGGAGGCUGAGGCUCUGGUUGUGCAGUUUAAGGCACAGCUCCUUACCAUCUCUGAAGACCAGAGGAUUGUGCGGGAGCUGCUGGCAUUGUGGAGGGAGCUUGGAGCUACUUGGGGUGAAGUUGCAGAAACUCUCAGCAUGGCAGAAAGGUGUCGGGCUUCCGGUGUCCAGCUGGAAGAUGCCCUGGCAGAUGCAGCAGAGAAGCGUGAGUUGGAGCAUCGUUGGGGCUUGGCUCAGGAUCUUUGUGCAGCUCUAUGCGUGCACCCAGCCUUUCGAGCCAAAGCAAAGCUUCUUCGCCUGUUGGAGGCACCUGGCAUGUUGCCCCAUUCCUUUGCACCUGCUGAAAGGUGA